UAUCUCUUUCAUAGAAACCAGAUAAUUUGCAACAUAUUUGUUAUUGAAUGUUAUUACAAAUAAUAAAAAAUAGAUUCGUGACAAAAUUAAUAAUUUAUUGAUACAUGGUAUAAUCUGCGUAUAUUUAUUUCUUAUUUGAUACGAGGUAUAAUAACUAAUGCGUAUAAAACUAUAUUAUAUGCGCACAGAAAUACAAUGAACACCCAGUACGUAACGGUGUAUGUGUUCGUACUUAUAGUUAAUAAAUGCAGCAAGUGACAGUUGGUUGUACACUGUUCUAGAGUCAUGGUUAUCAAAGUUGUCAGUUUAUUUGUUUAAAUUGUUUUCUUACAAUUGCUUGAUCGAUUUCGUGCCGGAAUUUAAUUCCUGUUAUAGAAUGUACAUAUACUAUGAACUAUGUAAAAUUUAAUAAAAGUACAGCAUAUCUAUAAUUACUUGUUCGUGAUUGGAUUGUCAUAUUUAUUGGAAUACUAUGUCUGUUAUCUAACGUUAUCUUUAAGACAAAGUGGAUAAUCUGUCAUUUCAUAAGGAAAAGAGGUUGACUAUAAUAUUCUUUUGACAAUAAAUUAAAAUGCCAAGUUCACAUUUAUAUGCAAUAAACAAUGAGGGACGAGUAUUUGGAUUGUCAACAUCUGGGAACAUGUGGAGGGAGUUCAUGUACCUAGGCCUUGAGUUUAAACAGCUGUCAGCAGUUCCACAUUUCAUGUGGGCUAUAGGAGGUGAUCGUCAAGUUUACGUACACGUACAUGGUUUGGAUGUACCCAUACGAAUCAAAGAAGAAAUAUAUGAAAAUGAACGUUGGCUUCCUUUAGAAGGAUUCAGUGGAAGAUUACUACCUACUGAUAGAUACAAUUUUUCUAAUCAAGAUGGUACAGUUGAUCGUAGUCGAGACAAAGUAAAAUUACCAUCGAUGGCUUGGCAAUGGGAAGGUGACUGGCAAAUAGAAACUACAUUGGAUGGACAACCACUAGAUCAUGAUGGAUGGACAUAUGCAGUUGAUUUCCCAGCUACAUAUACUACAAAAAAACAAUGGAUGUCGUGCGUUCGGCGAAGGAAAUGGGUUCGUUAUCGAAGAUACAGUGCCAUGAAUUCGUGGUGUGCUAUUGCACCUCUACAUAAAGAUGCAACUGAGGAACCAUUUAUUGACAUAUCUGUGGGUGGAAAUCAAAUACCUGGAGGUAAUCCUGGAUGCCUAGUAGUCUGGGCAGUAACUGCUCAUGGGAGGGUAAUGUUCCGUGUUGGCACCAGUACUACUUGUCCUGAAGGACAGAGGUGGAGUGCAAUAAAAUUAGCAAAUGGUUUUGAAGUAUGUCAAAUCAGUGUUGGAAUGACUGGUCUUGUCUGGGCUGUUCUAAUGGUUGGCAAAGCAUUAGUACGUACAGGUGUUACUAGAGAAAAUCCAAUGGGGGAAGAUUGGUCAGAAAUUGAACCUCCACAAAAAGAUUUAAAAUUAGUACAAGUUAGUGUAGGUACAGAUUCUGUUUGGGCAGUAACACAAGAUGGGGGAGUGUGGUUUAGAAAAGGCAUUAAAGGCGAAAUGAGCGGAGUUUGCGAACAGAUGGCUACUGGUACAGGUUGGGUGGAAAUGUUAAGUAAAAUGUCAUUAGUGUCAGUUGCACCAAAUGAUCAGGUUUGGGCUAUUGGUCAGGAAGAUAGGUCCUUACAUUAUCGUACUGGUAUCACACGAUCAGAAUUAACGGGUAAAAAAUGGAGAUUAAUAAACGCACCUUUGCAGCUUAGUAGAGCAAGCAGUAACGCCAGUUUAUCAUCAAAUAAUAGGCAUAGUAUGUGUGGUACUCCUCAGCAACAAAGACAUCAAAGUUGGGGAUCACUGAAUCGUCCGCAUAGUACUAGUGAAGGUACAACACUUAUCAGGGAAUGGGAAGAACAAUCACGAUCAGCUCCAACGCCAACGUCCUUAAAAUUAUGGCAACGUUCAAAUGAUAGUGCUGUUAAGAAACCUCAACAAAUAUCUUUCCAGGAUAUAUAUUUACAUGAGGGAAAGAAAAAAUCUACACAUUCAUUGGAUAUGGGUGAUCUUACUGAAGCUAGUGUCGCAAAUAUAACUAUAUCAAAUGAGUCACUCACCAAAACUGGAGAAUCCAUAGUAGUUUCUGGGAAAGGCAUGAGCAGUACUGUUAAGAUUAAUCCAGCUGCUUGGAGCCCAGUUCAUUCAGUUGGCUCCAUGGUAGGCGUGGAAGCUCAUCCAGAAACAGAUGGUAGUAUAUUUGAUCCCGACUUAACGAGCGAUUCUGGUGUUUAUGGAGAAGAUGAAAGUUCCGGUGCAAUGUAUUGGGCUGAAUGCGAUGCCUUCUGGUAUAAAGUAGAGGCUGGAGCAUGUUUCGUAGAUCCAUCCAAUCCUCCAAAAUGGAUUGCAGACUCUAAUGGUACAGGUCAAGGGGACAUAGCAGAACCAUGGAGAAUACAUAUUUUGGAGGAAUUAAAAAAGAGAUUACAAAAAAUAUCGUUUGACUCGGCAAUAUAUGAAAAAGUUGUUGAAAAAUCAUCUUGGGUAAAAAAUGGUGAUGCAAAGUGUAAAGUGAAGGGUAGUACUUCGUAUAAAGAGUGCGUUAUAGAAUUAGAGUGGAUUAGCAGUGACAGUGGCUCUUUAGAUUCUGGAACUGUAACUGUUUUAAACUCGGAUGGAGUAACAACAAUUGUUCAAUUUCCUGUAUCCGAGAUUAUGUGCGUAGUGUGUUGUAGUGAACCGGGUAGUCCAAGAAUAGCAAUUCACACUCCUAGAUUAGCAAGUUCUAAAGUUCUUAGACUGCAGUUUUUUAGCGACACUGAUAUGGAAGAUUGGUUAGGACAUUUAACUUCAGUUUCUUGCCAAAUGAAUAAUGUUUAUGGAAAACCAGGAUCCAAUUCGAUUUGGACUACAACAGCAUUAGGAGACGUCUAUGUAUACGAUCCAGCUUCUGCAGAGGAAAAUCAGCUUAUCAAUGAUGCUUACGUACAAGAGUUGGAUGUUGCAGGAAAAGAAUUACCAUUUGAAUGUAUAUUGCAGAACGGUUUUGGCUUUGGUAGUUCUUUAAAAAUUACAGUUUGCGUUCACGAUGACGCUGACAGAUUAACAUUCAAUCUUGUUUGCUAUACAACAACACUUUUCAAACAAAAGACCGUCGUGGAUACCCACGAUAUAGCACUUCAUCUUAAUCCACGACUUAAAGAGAAUAUAAUUGUCCGCAAUACAUAUCAGAAUGGACAAUGGGGUGACGAAGAAAGGAACGGAAGUAGCCCGUUAAAAGCUGGUUCUGAUUUCAUGUUGGAAAUCGUUUGCGAGAUGCGGGGGUACAGAAUUCUUAUUGAUAACAAAGAAUUUACUUUUUAUAGCCACAGAAUAUUACCACAGAGUAUUACUCAUUUAAGAAUUAAGGGACUAAUGACAUUGUGCAGCGUACUUUAUAAAUCUCCAUAUGUGAUUAUUGAUCCAAUAGCACUGUUUUGGAGACAGAUAGGUGGCCAUUUAAAAAAGGUUGAAACUUGUUCUGUUGGUGUAACGUGGGGAAUGGGAUAUGACUGUACUGCGUGGGUUUAUACCGGUGGCUGGGGGGGUUUAUUUUUGAAAGGACUAGAUAGCAACACAGGAAUAAAUUCCAUGUUAGAUACUCAUAACUAUUAUGUUUACGAAAACCAACGCUGGAAUCCGGUGACUGGUUACACUUCCCAUGGACUUCCAACAGAUCGCUAUAUGUGGAGCGAUGCAACUGGACGCCAUAAACGUACUCGAGAGCACACUAAAUUGUUAUCGAUGCAUUGGCGUUGGGUGUCAGACUGGAUAGUAGAUUUCCAUACUCCUGGUGGUGUUGAUAGGGAUGGCUGGCAAUAUGCUACUGACUUCCCGUCUCAAUACCAUGGUAAAAAGCACUUCACCGACUAUGUCAGAAGAAGAAGAUGGUUCCGAAGGUGUCAAUUAACGACUAGUGGUCCCUGGCAAGAGUUAGGGAACACAAAAUUACUUGAUGUUUCCUUAUAUGCAACAGGGAAUCCUGGUACAGACGCUCAAGUAUACAUUUGGGCAGUAGCUUCUAAUGGCGAAGCCUUAUUUAGGAGAGGUGUUUCAGAAUCAUGUCCAAUGGGAGUUUCAUGGGAACAUAUACCGAGUGAUCAGGCUUUAGUAGGUAUUUCAUGUGGUCCAGGUGGUCAAGUUUGGGCCGUAGGGAAAAACGGUUCUUCGUAUUGGAGGUUAGGCAUUAAUCCUGAUAAACCCACAGGCGUACAGUGGCAGAACGUUGAACCACCAUUGGGUGCUCACUUGAAACAGAUAUCUGUGGGAAAAGAUGUGGUGUGGGCAUUGGAUACAGCUGGCAGACUGUCUGUGCGUCGUGAAGUGCAAAUGAACAUUUUUCCAGAAGGGACCCAUUGGCAAACACUGCCUGCGAUGCCAAAUGAUCCUAUUCAUAUAGAUAUGUCUGUUAUAAAUGCAAAACAAGGUUUUCGACAUGUAGCCGUUUCUAGAGAUCAAGGUCAAGUAUGGGCGAUAUCCGGUGCUGGUAUACUGUGCCGCAGAAUUGGAAUCACCGAUGAGAAUCCUGCUGGGACUGGCUGGGCGACUGGGAUAGGGGCAAAUUGGCAAUACAUAAGUGUGGGAGGACUUGUAAAUAAAAGAAAUUAAAUGAGUCGUUUUUAGAUUAAUGAUGAUUCCUGUAAUACGACACACGAAAUAUUAUUAUUAUGUAGCAGCAGUGUGAUAGUCUAGCUUUCUAUUCUCAUAGGAAAAUUUUUCAUUGAGAAAUCAAUGCAUGUGCGUAUGAGAUAAAUGUUUUCUGUAAUGUGUAUGGGCUUAGCUUCGCAAUUCACUAAAUUUUACAGUGCAAGCUUGAAUCUUGGACACCUCCGUGAAAUGAAAACAUUAUCUAAAACGUACAAGCAAUUCUUGUGUCAAUUGUAUGUAUAUAAUUGUGUUUCCGUUUGAUGUCAUUUCUUUUUAAUUCAUUUUUAUUGGUUCGUUGACAAAAAGUACACACAGAAAUGGAUACAGGUGAAAAAUAAAAUAAUAGAACUGUUAAGGUAGAGUUUAGAAAAAUUUGUCAUCUAUAGUCUUAUCACAAAAUUUUAUACUUACUGCAAUCAUUCAGACAUUCCAAAUGUAUGCAUUUGCAUCAAUGAUUCACGAUAAUCUAAAGAUAGAAAAUAGUGAAAGAUGUUAAUUUUAUUUUUUCAUAAUCAUAUAUAAUAACUGAUAGGCUGGUAACUUGAUUCUAUCAGAUGCCUUGUCUAGGUAUAGAUUAUUUUCAUUAUUUCCGUAUAAAAAUGAUCAUAAAUUUUUAUGAUGAAUAUGAGACUGUUAGCGCAAGUAAUUAUGAUUAAUUGUCAUAAAUAUUAUUAUUUCGAUACUUUCCAUUUAAUACGAGUAUCAUGUGGCGUCAAAAGAUUUUACUGAAAUUUAAUUAAAAAGUUUACGAAAAAAAUUUUAAUUGUAGAAACAGCUUAAAAUCUGAGCAAUGAAAAACGAAUAUUUAUACUUAAAUGUUUGAACAAAAUUGAUAGA